AUGGCUUCUGCUUCAUCUUCAUCUUCUUCUACAAAUUGGAUCAUGGAAAGCGGUGAGAUUCCUCAUGUUCUUGCUGUUGAUGAUAGUCUUAUUGAUCGCAAACUUGUUGAGAAACUCCUUAGAAAUUCCUCUUGCAGAGUUACAACUGCUGAAAAUGGACUAAGGGCAUUGGAGUUGUUGGGCUUGACAAAUGGUGAACACAGCACCUUGAAUGGAAGAUCUAAAGUAAACUUAAUCAUCACAGACUAUUGCAUGCCAGGGAUGACAGGCUAUGAGUUACUUAAGAAAAUCAAGGAAUCAUCUGUAAUGAGAGAGGUCCCGGUAGUAAUCAUGUCAUCUGAGAACAUACCAACAAGAAUCAACAAGUGUCUGGAAGAAGGAGCUGAAAUGUUCAUGUUAAAGCCACUAAAAGAGUCUGAUGUAAGAGAACUGACAUGUCAGUUAAUGAAUCUAGGAAGGUGA